CUCUACUCAGCCACAGACCUCACUCUCUUCUCUCUGAAGAAAAGUAUCACUACUCUCUCUCUCUCUCUUACACAUUGCCAUAUUUCACUCUUUACUAUACUAUUUUCAAUGGCUGGUGUGUUGGAAACCAUUGCAGUUCCACGCGCCUCCGUUUUCACGUCGGCGCGUGCUGAUUCUUUGGUCUCUGGUUGUCGGUCCAACGUAAGUUUUUCUCAGUUCAAAGGACUUAAGGUGCAGCUUAGUCAGUCAAAGGUUUCUUUCAGUUCACGUUCAUGUUCUGUUCGACGUGGUGGAAGAAUUGUAUGUGAAGCUCAGGAAACUGCUGUUACAGCUGGUGCUGUUACUGAUAAGACAUGGAAGUCACUUGUAAUCGAGUCUGAUUUACCUGUCUUGGUUGAAUUUUGGGCUCCAUGGUGUGGUCCAUGCCGAAUGAUCCACCCCAUCAUUAACGAGCUAGCUCAAGAAUAUGCCGGCAAGUUUAAAUUCUUCCAGCUGAAUACAGAUGAAAGCCCCUCCACUGCAAGCGAAUACGGGAUCCGAAGUAUCCCAACCGUCAUGAUUUUCAAGGGCGGAGAGAAGAAAGACGCGGUGAUUGGCGCAGUUCCCAAAGCAACUUUGGCAACCAGCAUUGAAAAGUUCUUGUAGUAGAAUGGUGCACACACGCUUAUAGAUAUGUUUGUAAGAAUUUUUUGCUGUUUCUCUUUUCUUUAUGUAUAUUCUAUUUUUGCCUUCAAUGCAGCUAGAAUAUAGUACUUAAUAAACCUGAAAUGCUCCAGUAUAAAUUCUGGAGCUAUGUUUCUUCUUAUUUCAACAUUAUGUUAGUAAUUUAAUGUUUCUCACGUGUAGAAUACACUGGUAUAUUCAUUUUCAGAAAAAAGAAUACUGUGGUAUAUUGCUCUA